AUGUACUGUACUGCAACCCCUUCAAUUUCAACCUCCGAGCAACUUCAUCUUACCUUUAGCCUACCCGAUUCUAUCGCAGAGCAAUCCAAUUCAAUUCAAUACGCCACGAUCCGUGACAAGCUUCUCUUAGUCCCCCCAACCCCAAGUCUAAUUCCGUCUUCUGCAAAACACCAUAGAAUCAACAUGAAGCUCGUGUACCUCGUCUCGGUUUUCAUGGCCACAGUGGCAAUGACAGCUCCGGUUCCAGACACAGAUGCGGUGGCGCUGGGCGAGAAGCAGACGAGCAGGGCCAUGAUGCUGGCCAGGAAUGAUACGCCUACCACCGGGAUCUCGAAGAAGGUCGAGGAAGCGCAGCAGCAACAGCAGCAGCAACAGCAACAAGGGCAGCAGGGGCAGCAACAAGGACAGGGUCGGAAUUAA